AAGACUCAGACCUCAGUAUAUAUAUAUUAUAAUUAUCCCUGUCUACACUAUACUAUUUAUACACGUGGUUGGUGGUUGCUAUGGUGAUAAUAUUAUGGCCCUGACAUACAACAGUAGCAGGCAACUUUCAUGUCGCUAUAGAAUUGUAUAUUUACCUGCUUAAAAAAACACUGAUCCUGAUUACGGCGUUUAUAUUAUUAAUUUUUCUAACGCAUUAGAUAGUAGUAAAAUGACAUUGAACAGCAACGAUAGCGUUGUCGCAAAUGCUUCAUGCACAUAUUCAGACAUGGUCGAGACUUCUGCGAAAAUGUUAGAAAAUUAUAGUAUAGUUAGCAGAAAACAGCUGGAUAAAAUCGUGAACAAUUCAGAGAGAUGUUUGACCGAAGAAGAACACCGGUGGUUAAUCAAGCGAGAAUGUGCUAAAGUAAUUUCAGAGAUAAACAGACGAAUACAGCAAAAUUAUUCAUUGGACAUUGAUCUGGAAGAAGAAAAUUACAUGUUAGAUGCCAGAAACCAAUAUGCUGUGUUAUCGAAAAACGAAUAUUGUCAAAAUAAUAAUUUGUCUGUAAACAAUUUUAUCAUACAGAAUAAUGUAACAAUUGUGAAUUUUAACCAGGCUAAUGUCAAUUUGAGCAGUCAAUACAUCACACACGAGUAUGAUGACAAGAUUUUCGAGACAAUCAAGUAUAAAAACAGAAAUCGCAAUAAUUCAUUAGACGGGUGUACGUUGUACAACACGAAUUUACAGAAAAAAUAUUGGAUAAAGUGGAGAGAUUACGUUGUGAGAAAGAAAAUGUCGAAUAAGACUACUAGUAGAGAUUGCAGUAAAAUAGAUAUGUUCUUGACACAAAUUCGAGAAAAACUCAACGAAAAACAGUCGAUGAAAAAGUCCAAGACAAACAAAGAACACCACCGUAAUGGUAGGGUUGCUAAGCAAAUCAAAACUGCCCAUGACCGUCAGCAGACAAGAAUUGAAAGCCAAAAGAAAUUACUGGAAAAACAGCAAAAGGAAAUCGAACGGCUGAAAAUACAGCAGUUGAAAUUGGAAUCCGAAAAAGCCAUGUUGGAAAAUCAAAAAAUGUUACAUCGAAUGGCCGAGAACAAGCCAAAGACAACAACAAACAGCUUUAAGAGAAGGUCCACGUCGAUGAUACCAAGCACUUCGGAUAUCUUGAAUCGAAUGCAACUGAGAGCUUUGGACCGCCAAGCCAAAUGGGAAGGCAUCAAAGAGAGGCGUAGAGCGAUGGAGCAAGACGAACGUCGCAAGAAAGAAGAGCUGGAAGAAAAAUCGCUGAGAGAACAAAUGGAAUUGAAACGCAAAAAGUUAUUCGAAGCCCGCGAAAACUUGAGACAGAAAAAAAUCCAAGAAUGUAAACAGCAAAUGGAAAGAGACGUUUUGCGCGAAAAACUUAGCGUUGCUGCAGAAUUUGACCGCAAGUUGAAAAUAAAAACGGGCUUGGAUGCGUUUAAAAUCAAUUUGAACAACGUCCGAAUGGAAAUGCGGAGAGCUUCGGAUUUCUACGAUUAUAAAACGGUAGCGAUGAUUUUUAAUAAAUGGAGAUUUUACACUAACAACGUAAUAAACGAACAAAUCCAAAUUUCCGAACAACAUUACAAGAAAAAUCUAUUGAGAAGAACUUUCCACGCUUUUUAUAAGAUUCUAGAAGAUAACAGAAUAAAAGAACAAGUAGCCGAAGACUGGAAUAAUUUUAAAAUUCAAGAGUGUUGGUUUCAAGAGUGGCUCAACUACACAAGAGAAAUGCAAAAGCAAAUGGAAAAGAAAAUAUUAAGAGCAGAAUUACAUCAUAACAGAGUCAUAACGAGACAUUGUUUUAAUAACUGGAGAAAAUAUCCAGAAAUUGUCUACAUGGAAAGACUUAAAGACGGCAGACUACGAAAAUGGCAUGAAAAGGUGCAAGAAAUUUUACCAGAUUUCAUUCCACCCGAUAUUUAAGACCAAAUGUUUAUUAGACUAAUACAUGAAAAAUAACUCAAAUUUUACAUUAACAUAAAAAGUAAACAAUAACUAAGUUUAAAUAUAGAUUAUAAUAUAAUA